CUGAACUAAAGCUUCAUUACCGAUGUAAUUAAAACUUUAAUGAACCGAUUGAAAUGAACUUCAUCUUUCCUGUUUUAUAAUACAGGCCCUAAUGAAGUCGUGUCCUUUGUGGUUUCAAUAUAAAAGCAAUUAGAAAGGAAAGAAACUUAAAGAAUAUCAUCCAAAUAUAUAUUUAUAUUAUAAGUUAUUAUGAUUAAACUUAUUUAGAUAUUUUUUUUCAAAUAUGAAAAUAAUCGUUUACAAGUACAUAAAGAUAAAUAAUCCGGGGCAUUCUAAUGUUGUCACUUUUACGUAUAGCAGGCAUCAUUGCCAGAUUGCAAAGAUAUGAGGUUGAUCCGUAAAAUCGAAAUGUGUCGUAAUUACAAAAUGCUUCUAACGGUUUACGGCGUGAUACUUCUCUGGAGAAUGGACAGCAUGGUUGAGAGCACUAAAGUUGUCAAGAACCACAUGCGAUAUCAAACAACAUCGCCACUAAGUAGGGUUGGUCCAACAGUAUCUCUGCGCGAUGUUGAACCAAAUUUUGUUGGUCCCAUCGACAAUGUGACUGUUGCUUUGGGGAGAGAAGCUGUUCUCACUUGCUCGGUAUCGGACAUAGGAGACUACAAGGUGGCAUGGAUCAGAGCUGAUGACCAAACAAUCUUGACAUUGCACACCCGUUUAGUAACUCACAGUUCAAGAUACGCUGUCACUAAUGAUUCUCCUGGCUCCUGGCAACUCCACAUCAGACCACUUAAGGUUGAGGACCGAGGCUGUUACAUGUGCCAAAUAAAUACAAGUACUAUGAAGAAACAAAUAGGUUGUGUUGAUGUAUUAGUUCCACCAAAUAUAGUUGAUGAAGGUACGAGUGGAGACAUGGUAGCUAGAGAAGGUACAGAUGUAAGCAUAUCUUGCAAAGCCGAUGGAAGACCAUUGCCUCGUAUCCUGUGGAGAAGAGAAGACGGAGCGAAUAUACAAUUGAGGAAUGACGCCGGAAAGCUUCAUAAAGUUGAUAUGUACACCGGAUCUUCACUUAACCUUACAAAGGUGGAGAGGAGGCAAAUGGGUGCGUACUUAUGCAUAGCAUCCAAUGACGUGCCGCCUUCAGUUAGCAAGAGGAUUAUGCUUAGCGUCAAUUUUGGCCCAUCCAUAUUGAUAGCUACAAAAGUGAUUGGAGUGCCAACGGGCUCUCAAACUGAGCUCCAGUGUCUUGUUGAAGCCUAUCCUCCCGCUAUCAAUUACUGGCUGAAAAGUGGAGAAGAAAUGAUUCUUUCCGGUGAAAAACAUGACAUUCGCGAGGUUCGGCUCUCGGCAUAUGAAAUACGUACAAUAUUAACUAUAUCAGACUUCAGUAGCAAUGACAUUGGAACUUACACAUGUGUUGCAACAAAUACAAUAGGAAAGGCCGAGGGCACAUUAAGACUAUACGAAAUUAAGAUAACUACAACAACGACCACAACAACAACAACUACGACUACUACUACGACCACCACCACCACACCAAUCCCGUCAACAACAGAGUUGUUGCCAGAAACACCUCCACUUUUUGUUACAGCUAUCGUAGUGCCAUUACAGCCAGCUGAACAAAAAUUUUAUACGCCAGAUGUUACGACAUAUGAUACCAUGCAAAAUGUAAUAGAACAAUCUGUCCUCGACAACAACUGGUUACCGACUGCGGAGUCUUCGAGCCACCGCCAUUAUGCGCCAGAGUUCCCUACAGUUGCUGUCAUUUCAGCAUUGCCACAAAUUUUGCUAUGCAAUACUCGUAGUCUCAAAUUGCUCCUUACUAUUGUAAUGGCUAGUUACUUUAUAUUAAUAGGUCAAGGUGCAAGAUGAUAAGUUUGUCCAUUAAUGCUGCGUGUCAAUUUAAUGUGAAUUUUUAAAAUAAUAUUUUGUAAAUCAAAGCAAAAUAUAAACAUCACUAGUUAAUGACGGAAUAAAAAUUAAAGAAUGAAAAAUUAUAUGUUAUAUCAAACCAUAAGAACGUCUAGAUACAAAUCCAAGGAUAAAAAAAAUUGUGCUGAUUCAAGAGUAUCAAAAUAGGAAAAUAUUCUGCUUACCCUCCGAAUGAGAAGGUGAUGGAGAUCCAAUAAAAAAAUUAGGAAUCAAAAUUGUUCAUUCAAAUUUGAAGUAACAUAAAAGUAUCAAAAUCAAUCGUUCAUUCUAUAGACGAAGCGUCGGCUGCCUCCUGUGUUAUUUAAAAUAAAAAGAUCAUGAAAAUGACAUCUAUGCAACGAUGCUUUCUAAAAUUCGAGCCAGUUUGUAUUUAAAGUGGACGCUCACCAUUAGCUCAAUAGUUUGAGGAGUCCAUACAAAUACGAAUUUUAUUUCAUUCAAUGGAGAAUAAAUAAAAUUUCCAUUAUUGAGCCAUUUUUAUUUUGGGCUUUAUUUGGUUUAGUUUUUAUUAUUUGUAAAUUGUGCUAGUUUCAUGCCCGCAAUAUUCAAUCUGAUAUCAUUGAGUAAAAACUGUCUAGCAUUAUGACAUUUUAGUGGCACUUUGGAACAAUAAGCCUACUUUUAUCUGAUGGUCUAAGUAAUGACUUGUGUUUGUCUCCUUAACAUAUCUUUAUUUUCAACUUAAAAAUAUGUACAAAUAUAUAAUAAUAUAAAGCAUAUCAAUAACGUGUAAAUUUAUUAAUGUAAAUACAUGCUCACGUAAAUUAUAGUUAUUUUAAGGUUGAUAGGGUAUAAAAACUAAAAAUAUGUCUAACAUAGUAACCGGCAUUUUUUAUUCCGCUUGUUAAUAUGUAAUUAUAAUCGAACUAAAUAAAGUUUUAAAUUCCACGCUUUCUUUUGAUGCAAUUGCAACUAAAACAAUGAAAUUUCUUUAAAAUAAGCGUUAUUUAGUUUUAGGGAAUGUUAUGUACAUUGUAGAAAAAAAAAAAUCGUAUUCUGUUUCCUGUAGAUUGUAUGUAUAUUACCUACCUAGAAAAUCAU